GUUUAGUCACUCUUACCUAUCCAUUCUUUUGCAGCAUAGAGCUUUGGUUUUGGUCUCUUCUUUCUUAUCCAUGGCUUCCACAUUCUUGACCUUACCAAGUCCCAUUCUACACAAAACCAGUGCACUCUCUUUCUCUAACCGGAGACUCCCAUUUUUGCAGAGGAACUCUUUCAAGAUCAAUGCAGUUGCCAAAAAAUGGGAACCCACUAAGGUUGUGCCUCAGGCUGAUAGAGUUCUUAUUCGUUUGGAGGAGCUAUCAGAAAAAACAGUUGGUGGAGUUUUGUUGCCCAAGUCAGCUGUUAAAUUUGAGCGAUAUCUCGUUGGAGAAAUCUUAACUGUUGGUGCUGAGGCUGGAGAAGUAAAGGCUGGAUCGAAGGUACUAUUCACUGACAUGAAUGCUUAUGAGGUGGAUUUGGGGACUGAUGCAAAGCAUUGCUUCUGCAAAGCAAGUGACUUAUUGGCCGUGGUUGAAUAGGGUUUGGCCACUGUAUGAAACAGAAAGGAACAGCCUUCUUUUAUAACUUUUAUUGCAAAUGUAUUAGAAGUAAAAUGUACCAUUUUCAAAGGUGUUAAAAUUUUCUCCUCAUGUUAUGUCAUAAUAACUUGUGCCUUUGCUUUGGCUUUUAUCGCCAAGUUCAUGACUUCACUUUUAAAAGGAUAAGGUUUGUGCAUUCUUGUUAAAGGAUUGAAUUCUAUUGACUAAACAAUAAGUACCUUCU